GUAAACAGAAAGAGGUCGUGUACUGGGCGGUCGCCAUUACUGUCUCCUAAAAAGCAGAGGCAAAAAAUCUAAUGAUGGACCCCCGUACCAGUGCCCAGGAUGUGAUGCGAUGUGACCUGUGUGAGACCGCUGUGGUACAGAUGCACUGUGAUACAUGUCUUGUCAACCUGUGUACAGCUUGUGUAGGAAAACAUAUGAUAUCUGAUGAAUCCAAGGAUCACAGAGUUGUAAAAUUUCAGUCCAGGAAAUCUACCCCCCUCUACCCUGGGUGUAAAACUCAUAUCAAAGAGAGAUGUGAAAUGUACUGUAAUCAAUGUGACAUUCCCGUAUGCAACAUUUGCAUUGCAUCUGAUCAACAUCUAACUCAUAAAUUUUUGACAAUUUUGCAAAUUCUAGAUGAAAAAAAGAACAAGAUAAUUAAAGAACAAACUGAAUUAAAGAAGACAAUUUACCCCACCUACCAGGACAUUGCCUCUGAUGUACAAAACAGAAUGAGUCAGUUAGAAAAGGAAUAUGGAGAUCUCUCAAUAGCCAUAACAAAACAUGGAGAGGACUGGCACACAGAAAUUGACAAACUUGUCAGGAAACUAAAAGUUGAAGUUGAUGAGAUGAAAAACACACAGUUACAAACUCUACAGAAACAUCUGGAUGAAAUAAACAAGAACAUUUCUGACAUCAAGGAUGAAAUUAAUGCAGUUAAUGUCACUAUAGACUCUAAUGACUUGUCAAUACUGUUCAAUGCUAAAUUCAAUGUAGACAGAUACAAAAAGCUUCCACAAAAAAUUGUGUCGUCUAUACCUAAAUUCAUGCCUGGAAAAAUUCAAGAAAAAGAACUUCAUAGAAUGUUUGGAGCUUUAACGCAAAGUUCUCUCAAUUCAAAUGGAUGUUAUUACAGCAUGAAGACACCACAGAAAUCACCAGAAGCUGGAUCCUCUCCUCCAGUCAAACAGCUGCUUGAUCAACCAGUGACUGUCAACACCCUAGACACUGGGUAUCAAUAUAACCUUUACAAAGUGGCCUGUCUGAGUGAUGAAGAAAUCUGGACAAGAGGAGAUGACAGCACCAUGAAACUCUACAGCAUCAAUCAGGGAUCACUACUCAAGUCAAUCACAACCAAGUCAGGGAACAGACCAACUGGCAUAGCAGUGACAAAAAGUGGAGAUCUAGUUUAUACUGAUUACAGAGAUAGAACUGUGAACAUUGUGAAGAAUGAGAAGAUAGAGGAGGUGAUCAGACUACAGAACUGGAAACCUGACAAAGUCUGUAGUACCUCCUCUGGUGACCUCCUGGUUAUCAUGGACAGUAAUGAUAACAAACAAACAAAAGUUGUCUGUUACUCUGGCUCCACAGAGAAACAAACCAUUCAGUUUGAUGAUAAAGGUAAACCUCUCUAUUCAUCUGGUUAUAGUAGCACAUACAUUACUGAGAACAGGAACCUGGAUAUCUGUGUGUCUGACUGUGGAGCUAAAGCAGUAGUGGUGGUCAAUCAGGUUGGGAAACUGAGAUUCAGGUACACUGGACAUACUCCUGCUCCAAAGAACAAACCAUUCAGUCCAGUAGGAAUCACCACAGACAGUCAGAGUCACAUCCUUACAGCUGAUGAUUACAAUGACUGUGUCCACAUCAUAGACCAGGAUGGACAGUUCCUCCGUUACAUAGUCUGUGGACUGUGUGAACCCUGGGGACUGUGUACAGAUACAAAUGACAAUCUGUUUGUUGCUCAGUGUAGAAACAGACAAGUGAAGAAAAUUAAAUAUCUGCAGUGAUGAUAGUACUGUACUGUAAAGCUUGGUAUAGUCUAGCAUAAUAAGGAUAAUUCAUAUGAUUCUUUAUUCACAAGAUUUUUUAUACAUGUAGGUUGUCAUAUUCCUUGUUUUGUCAAAGAUGAAUAUCAAAUGAUGAAUGUAUUAACAUGUGUUUGAUAUUUAAAUAUAACAUAUUUUUUUCAAAAGGCUAUGUCCUAAUGUAAUCUUCUCUUUGACAGAGCAUCAGUAAAGCUUGCUGCUAUGUUAAAAACUAUUAAAGU